AUGGAAUCAAACCCGAAAGGAAAAGUACCCGUUCCUACCGAAAAUGCGUCGUCUGGCAGUUCCAAUGAUCACAAUGAUGAAAACAGAGUUCCACCAACCACUGGCGCUAUUAAAAAGAAACGAGAAGAAAAGCGCUCUAAACGAGACCAGAGAUCUUGGGAUAACCUCAUAAAAUCAUUAAGUAAUUUACCGGAUUCAGAAAAGUUCGAUAUCAUCAAAGAAAAAUAUUCCGAUUUGUACAAUGAAUACCGCACAACAGUUACAUCGCUUAAAACCUGCGAAAAGACCAUCAAGAAUAUCCAACGCGAAAAGGAACACAUACAAGCCGAAUUGAGCAAGAAUAUCUUGUCGAGGUGCAAACUAGAAAAUCUAGCGAGAGAGCUCCAAAAGCAAAAUAAAGAAAUUAAGGAAGAAAAUUACAACAAAUUGAAAGAAGAGGAGGAAAAGCGCAGGGAGGUAGCUUCGAACUUCAGCGAAAAGCUCAACACCCUCACGCAGCUCAUGGAUGAAAAUAACGACAAAUCCAUACGUCUCAGGGACGAGAACAUCAACAUGACCACCAAGUUGACGGAACUCUACAACCAAUUCCAGGAGCGGGAAGCCCAGAUGGGCAACAUGAACAAGCAGAUGGAACUCCAGAAGAAGCUCUCCGAAAAUUUACUGAAGAAAGUCGAGUUCGAAUUCGAAGCUCAGCGCGAAAUCUGGAAAAAGGAAAGGACCUUGUUGGUGGCCAAUUUCCAGAAAAGCGAUGAGACUAAUAAAGUAUUACAAGAAAAAGUGAAGAGCAUGCAACAACAAUUAGAAUCUUAUCAAAAACAGUACACUGUAUUCGAAACAACGAUGAAAAGAAGUAAUAAGGUAUUCGAUUCUGUUAAAGAUGAAAUGACGAAGAUGCAAAAGGCUAACGCCAUAUUGGAGAGGGACAGGAACGAAUGGCACGGUCGCUGGAAAGGGAGCACCCAAAAGUGCCUCCAAUUGACUGAAAUGAACCAAACCACGUCCAACGACCUGAAGAUUACGCAGAAAAAAGUCGAAGCCUUGGAGAAAUUGUGCAGGACACUGCAAACGGAGCGAGCUUAUUAUUUGCAACAGCUCAAAGCGCAUAAUAUCACUACGGACACGCCGGUGGAAGAGGAUGCCGGUUCGAAGGAAUGCGUUGAGGGUGCUCCUGUGUCGAAUUUAAACAAUCAAUCGGACGCUCCCGGUGGAGAAUGUUCCGGCGAUUCUAGUAAAUCUGAGCUUUCGAAAGAUGAAGUGCAGGUGAGUGUUGCUCUGAGCGAACCAGAGUUGAACAUUGUUGAGAAAUUAGAGGUAGAAUGUGUACCAAGUAUAGCUUCUACCACAGCACAUGAAGUAGAUUCGGAGUGCUCUGAAACGAUUUCGAAUUCCACCUCACAUUCUAACGAUCUAGUCCAAGAGAGUAGUUCAAUAGUCCAAGAGAGUAGUCCAAUUGUUUCAGUACCCCCUACGGAUUCGGAAGCCUGUUUGCCUAACAAAGAAGAGAAGACUGAGUGA